CUGGAAGCGCGGAGCUCCUAGUAGUAAAGCCGGGGGAGGACGCAGGAGUGGAUAGGGAAGUGGGCAUUCUUUUGGGCUCAGAGAUUGGCAGGGGCCUUGGAGAGGCGCUCUAGUCGUGUUGAGGGUUCCACUGAGGGCCAGCAGCAGCGAAGAGGACUCUCGGUGGGGGCCUAGAGCAGAGGGGCUGCAAAAAGGAUGUAGAUGACUUUAUAGGCGCAUUGGUAGAGAUGAGGGUGAGGAGAUUCCGGGGAGGAACAGUAAAGGCGAGAGAUGAUGUAAAGAGACCAUAUUGGUUAGGGGUGGUGUAGAGGGUCAUAGAAGUGAGGGGGUGGUAGAGAGAAGCUGUAAAGGUACCACAGAGGUGAGGGAGCCAUACAGAGGGACAUAGACUUGAAAGAGGAGGCCUUGGAUGGUGCAAACGGUUAAGCGCUGACUACUAGCUGGAAAGGUUGGCCGUUGGAACCCACCCAGAGGCGCCACAGAAGAGAGGCCUGGUGGUCUGCUUCCAAAAGGUCACAGCCUUGAAAACCCUAUGGAGCCGUUUUACUCUGCACACAUGGGGUCUACAUGAGUCAGAAUCAACUCGUGGCAAAUAAUAACAAACGUGAAAGGUUCGCUUUGGUGGGCAUAGACGUGAAGUAGCGAUGUAGAGGGGCAGAAGAGUGCUCAGGGGGAUGUUUGUAGGGGAGAGGUUAGAGGAGAGAAAGAAGCUACUUACAGUGAGCUCUGUAGAGCGCUGUGAGGAGGCUCUCUAGAGUCUGGCCUAGUGAAGGCACCAGAACGAGGCACCUAAGGCAUUUCAAAGUAGUGACUUCCUCCAUUUGACUAGGAAUGUGGGUCCUCCUCCGAGGUGGAUCCCCCUUCCGUACCCUGCUGCCCCUGCGUGGGGAAUGGAUGGGUCGGAGGGGCGUGCCCCGAAGCUUAGUCCCAGGACCUCCUCGCAGACGGUACAGGAAGGAGGCUCUUCCAGCCUUAGACGUACCAGUGUUGCCUGUAACUGCAACUGACAUCCGCCAAUAUUUGCGGACUCAUGGGAUCCCCUUCCAGGAUGGCCACAGCUGCCUGCGGGCACCCAGCCCCUUUGCAGGGGCCUCACAGCACAAGGACCAUGCUGGUGGUACCACUUCCUUCAGCCUCUUCAUUGACAAGACCACAGGCCGCUUUCUCUGCAUGGCCAGCCUAGCAGAGGGGAGCUGGGAAGACUUCCAAGCCAGUGUGGAGGGGCGAGGGGACGCAACUAAGGAGGGGGUCCUGCUCAGUAAGGCCCCAGAACCUGUGGACAGUGAGGAGGUCCGGAGGAUCUGGGACCGAGCAGUACCUCUCUGGGAGCUGCCUGACCCACAGGAAGCCCAGCUGGCUCGUGUGAUGUUUGGCCUCUCCAAGGUGACGGAUGAUACACUCAAGCGUUUCAGUGUGCGGUAUCUACGGCCUGCUCGCAGUCUUGUCUUUCCUUGGUUCUCCCCUGGAGGCUUGGGAUUGCGAGGCCUGAAGCUAGUAGGGGCUGAAGGCCAGGGGGAUGGAGUGCACUAUGUGGAGACCACCAUUCCCCGGCCUGGUGCCUUCCACAAUCUGUUUGGAUUACCACUGAUCAAUCGCCGAGAUGUUGAAGUAGUACUGACUAGUCGUGAGCUGGACAGCCUGGCUUUGAACCAAUCCAUGGGAUUGCCCACCCUUGCCCUACCAAGGGGAAUAGCCUGCCUACCCCCUGCCUUACUCCCUUACCUUGAACAGUUCAGACGUAUUGUACUCUGGCUGGGGGAUGACCUUCGGUCCUGGGAAGCUGCCAAGUUGUUUGCUCGAAAACUGAAUCCUAAGCGAUGCUCUUUGGUGCGGCCUGGGGACCAGCAGCCCCGUCCCCUGGAGGCCCUGAAUCAAGGCUUAAAUCUUUCUCGUAUCCUGCGUUCUGCCCUGCCUGCCUGGCACAGGUCUAUUGUGUCUUUCCGGCAGCUUCGGGAGGAGGUGCUAGGAGAACUGUCAAAUGUGGAGCAAGCAGCUGGCGUCCGCUGGAGUCGCUUUCCAGACCUCAAUCGCCUCCUAAAGGGGCAUCGGAAGGGCGAGCUGACAGUCUUCACAGGGCCAACAGGCAGUGGAAAGACAACAUUCAUCAGUGAGUAUGCCCUGGAUUUGUGUACCCAAGGAGUGAACACACUAUGGGGUAGCUUUGAGAUCAGCAACGUGAGACUAGCCCGGGUCAUGCUGACACAGUUCGCUGUGGGGCGGCUGGAAGAGCAACUGGACAAAUAUGAUGAAUGGGCCGACCGCUUUGAGGACCUUCCCCUCUAUUUCAUGACUUUCCAUGGGCAACAAAGUAUCAGGACUGUAAUAGAUACAAUGCAACAUGCAGUCUACGUCUAUGACAUUUGUCAUGUGGUUAUCGACAAUCUGCAGUUCAUGAUGGGUCACGAGCAGCUGUCCACAGACAGGAUUGCAGCUCAAGACUACAUUGUCGGGGCCUUCCGGAAGUUCGCUACAGACAACAGCUGCCAUGUGACAUUGGUCAUUCACCCCCGUAAGGAGGAUGAUGACAAGGAACUGCAGACAGCAUCCAUUUUUGGCUCAGCCAAAGCAAGCCAAGAAGCAGACAACGUUCUGAUCCUACAGGACAGGAGGCUGGUAACUGGGCCAGGGAAACGGUAUCUGCAGGUGUCCAAGAACCGCUUUGAUGGAGAUGUAGGUGUCUUCCCACUUGAGUUCAACAAGAGCUCCCUCACCUUCUCCAUCCCGCCAAAGAGCAAGGCCCGACUCAAAAAGAUCAAGGAUGACAAUGGAUUAGUGGCCAAAAAGCCCUCUUCUGGCAAAAAGGGGGCUGUGUCCCAGAACUCUGAGACCUGCCUGGACCAGGCCCCCAACGCCUAGCAGCCAGACACCUGUCAGCCUUCAUGGUGCGGGUAGUGCAGAGCUGAACAUUGAAAUAAGCCUGGCAGGACAGGCUGGGGCAGAGACUCCUGGCCCUCUGACCACUGACAGUGGUGCUGAGCUAUGGGCCCUUCUCAGUCGGAGGGGCCUCGGCUAGGGCAGCGUUCCAUAUGAGAGAAUUCCAUUUAACAGAUAUCUGAGAACCUACUCUGUACCAGGCUUUGUUCUGGGUCCUCGGGAUAGAGCACUGAGCAUGACAGAUGUGGUCCCUGUUUCCAUGAGACCUGCAUUCUGAUGGGGGAGAAGAGAUAAGCAAUGAACAAAUAAGCAGAAAACAUAAUUUCAGAUAGUAAAAAGCGCUAUAAAGAACACAGCAAUAGUGUGAUAGUGCUUGCAGGCUAGUUUAAGUGGUGGGAAAACGUGUCUCUGAGCAGAGGGAUUAGAGAAGGGGCCGAAAGAACCAGAAGGAGCAAGCCAUGUGAACAUCUGAAGGAAGAAGGGAUCGCAGCGGCGGGAAGAGUAAGUACAGAGGCCCUGAGGUGGGAAUGACCAAGUUGAGUUAAAACAGGUCAGGCCCCUGAACCUGGAGGGGAAUGAGGAGUUCCUUGUCAGAACUCUACCUGAGGCUUUCAGAGCCAAAGGGUGACGUGGUAGGUGCCAGUUCCUCUGCUCCUCACUCUGUGAAGCCUGUCGUGAGACGGCAUUUGCUAGAAUUGGCAUCCUAGGUGCUUGGCCCUAGAAUAUCAGGGCCCCAAAACUGGGAGUCACCUCGCCCUGGAUUGCUUAGCAACAGAGUCACAGAAGGAAGCUGUGAGCCCAGAGUGCCUGCCCCCUGGAUACUGAUGCCAAGGCUUGCUGCCUCAGGCAGGCAAUGCUUCUGGGGUAGAGGCAGCCAU